AUGCUGAGGAUUUCAACAAGAAGAUUGUAUUCGACGGUCAGCAAGGAGACUUUCCGUUUAUCCAAACUGUCGAAUGGACUUAGAGUUGCUACUUCCAAUGAAAAGGGCCACUUCAGUGCACUGGGACUAUACGUCGGUGCCGGUUCAAGAUAUGAGACGGAUAAUCUUAGGGGGUGUACGCAUAUCCUUGACCGGUUAGCUUUCAAGUCGACAGAACACAUCGAUGGGCGUUCUAUGACUGAAACUUUAGAAUUAUUAGGUGGUAAUUACCAAUGUACUUCCUCCAGAGAGACAAUGAUGUACCAAGCUUCGGUAUUUAAUCAGGAUGUUCCCAAAAUGCUUCGGUUGAUGUCAGAAACUGUCAGAUAUCCAAAUUUAACCCAGGAAGAAUUGGAUGAACAAAAAUUAACGGCAGAAUAUGAAAUUGAUGAAAUUUGGUUGAAACCAGAAUUGUUAUUGCCAGAAUUAUUACAUACUACUGCAUUCUCGGGUGAAACUUUAGGCUCUCCUUUAUUGUGCCCACGUGAGCUAAUACCUUCCAUUACGAAAUACUCUUUAAAUGAAUAUAGAAAUAAGUUUUAUACACCUGAAAAUACUGUGGCAUCAUUUGUUGGCGUUCCUCAUGAAAAGGCUGUUGCUUAUGCCUCCAAAUACUUGGGAGAUUGGGAAUCUACACACCCUCCAUUUGCAAAGGAACCAGCUCAUUAUGUUGGUGGUGAAACGUGCAUCCCUCCGGCUCCUGUCUUUGGAGGCCUACCAGAAUUUUAUCAUGUUCAGAUCGGGUUUGAAGGGCUUCCGAUUGACCAUCCUGAUAUAUAUGCCUUAGCAGUGUUACAGACCUUGUUAGGAGGUGGUGGAUCCUUUAGCGCAGGUGGACCAGGUAAGGGAAUGUAUUCACGUUUGUAUACACAUGUUUUGAACCAAUAUUACUUCGUUGAGAAUUGUGUGUCUUUUAAUCAUUCAUAUUCUGACUCUGGUCUUUUCGGUAUUUCAAUCUCCUGUAUUCCUGAAGCAGCUUCUCAAUCAACUGAGAUAAUUGCACAAGCUUUUGCUAAUACCUUUGCUAAUCCAAAGCUAGCUUUAACUGAAGAAGAAGUAUCGAGAGCUAAGAAUCAAUUAAAAUCAUCAUUAUUGAUGAACCUUGAAUCCAAAUUGGUGGAAUUAGAAGAUAUGGGUAGACAGGUUCAGUUACGCAACAGCAAAGUGCCAGUAGAUGAAAUGAUUGAAAAGAUUGAAAAACUAACUACUGGAGAUAUUACUCGUGUGGCACAAACAGUCUUCACAGGUAGCGUAGGUAAUGAAGGUAAAGGGAGUGGGAAACCCACAAUUGUGAUGCAAGGUAAAAGAGAUGCGUUCGGAAAUGUGGAAGAAGUCUUGAGACGUUAUGGGUUGGGCAAGAAAUGA